AUGAUUAAGAAUUAUGUUGGUGGUUUGAAAAGGAAUUUAAACGUUAAAAAUUUAAGUUCUUCUUUCUCCAAAGUAGUUGUGUCCAAUGGAUAUAAAAUUAAUUAUGUUCAAUUCCCAUCAAGAAACUAUUCAACUAGAUCAACUGUAGUUCAAUUAUUGAAUAAUAUUGGAUCUAAAAGAGAAGUUGAACAAUAUUUGAAAUAUUUCACUUCAGUUAGUCAACAACAAUUUGCUGUUAUUAAAGUUGGAGGUGCUAUUAUUACACAACAAUUACCUGAAUUAGCUUCAUGUUUAGCAUUUUUAUAUCAUGUUGGUUUAUAUCCAAUUGUUUUACAUGGAACUGGACCUCAAAUCAAUGAAUUAUUAGAAAAUGAAGGAGUUGAACCAGAAUAUAUCGAUGGGAUCAGAGUUACUGAUGGUAAAACUAUGGAAGUUGUUAGAUCAUGUUUCUUGGAACAAAAUUUAAAAUUAGUUACUGCUUUAGAAAAAAUGGGUGUUCAUGCUAGACCAAUCACUGCUGGAGUUUUUAAUGCUGAUUAUUUAGAUAAAGAUAAAUAUCAAUUAGUUGGUAAAAUUAAUAGUGUUAAUAAAUCACCUGUUGAAGCAUCAAUUGAAGCUGGUUAUUUACCAAUUUUAACUUCAUUAGCUGAAACUCCUUCAGGUCAAUUAUUAAAUGUUAAUGCUGAUGUUGCUGCUGGUGAAUUAGCUAGAGAAUUCGAACCUUUGAAAAUUGUUUACUUAAAUGAAAAAGGUGGUAUAAUAAAUGGAGAAUCUGGUGAAAAAAUUAGUGCUAUUAAUUUAGAUGAAGAAUACGAAGAUUUAUUAAAACAAAGUUGGGUUAAAUAUGGUACUAAGUUGAAAAUUAAAGAAAUUCACGAUUUAUUACAACAUUUACCAAGAUCUUCUUCUGUUGCUAUCAUUAAUGUUGAUGAUUUACAAAAAGAAUUAUUCACUGAUUCAGGUGCUGGUACUUUAAUUAGAAGAGGUUAUAAAUUAAUCAAUAGAAAUUCAUUAACUGAAUUUGGUAACCCAGAUUUAUUAAGAUCAGCUUUAUUAAGAGAUCCAGAAAUUAAAUCCGGUAAAUUAUCAGUUGCUUCAUAUUUAAAAAUCUUAGAAAAUAGUUCUUUCAAAUCUUAUGGUGAUGAACCUUUAGAAGUUUUAGCUAUCGUUAUUGAUAAGAAUGAAAAUCAAUCUAUUGAUAUUCCAAAGUUAGAUAAAUUCUUAUCUUCUAAGAAUGGUUGGUUAAAUAAUGUUACUGAUAACAUUUUUAAUUCUAUUAAGAAAGAUUUCAAUCAAUUAUAUUGGAUUGUUAAUGAAAAUGAUUCUAACUUACCAUGGUAUUUCUCCAAAUCUGAUGGUUCAUUCAGUAAAAAUGGUGAAAUACUAUUCUGGUAUGGAAUUGAAGAUACUGAAACCAUCAGUCAAUUAAUUAAAUCUUUUGAUCAAGGAUCUUCAUCAUCUUUAUCAAACACCAAAGAAUCAGGAGUCUUUUCAUCACCUGUUCAAAGAAGAGGUUUACAUACUAGAAGUUUACAUACUACCAAAAAUCCUAAUCCUCCAGUUAUUGAAGCUACUAAUGAUAAAAGAUCUAAAGUUGCUUUAAUUGGAGCUAGAGGUUAUACUGGACAAAAUUUAAUCAAAUUGAUUGAUAAUCAUCCAAAAUUAGAUUUAAAGUAUGUUUCAUCAAGAGAAUUAAAUGGUCAAAAAUUACAAGGUUAUAAUAAAGAUAAUAUUGUUUAUUCAAAUUUACAAGUUGAAGAUAUUAAGAAAAUUGAAGAAAGUAAUGAAAUUGAAAUGUGGGUUAUGGCAUUACCAAAUGGGGUUUGUAAACCAUUUGUUGAAGCUAUUGAAUCAGUUAAAAACUCUAAAUCUAAAAUCAUUGAUUUAUCAGCUGAUUAUAGAUUUGAUACUACUGGAGAAUGGGUUUAUGGAUUACCAGAAUUACAAUCAAGAUCACAAAUUCAACAAGCUAAGAAAAUUUCUAAUCCAGGUUGUUAUGCUACUGCUGGUCAAGUUGCCAUUGCUCCAAUGAUUCCAUAUAUUACUUCAACUCCUUCAAUUUUUGGUAUUUCUGGUUAUUCAGGUGCUGGUACAAAACCUUCACCAAAGAAUGAUAUUAAAUAUUUAUCAAAUAAUUUAAUUCCUUAUUCAUUAACUGAUCAUAUUCAUGAAAAGGAAAUGAGUAAACAUUUAGGUCAUCAAGUUGCUUUUAUGCCUCAUGUUGCUCAAUGGUUCCAAGGUAUUUCUCAUACUAUUUCAAUUCCUAUUGAAAAAGGUUCAUUAUCUUCAAGAGAAAUUAGAAAUAUUUAUCAAGAAAGAUAUCAAGGUGAAAAAUUAAUUACUAUUUCUGGUGAAGCUCCAGUUGUUAGAGAUAUAAGUGGUAAACAUGGUGUUGUUGUUGGAGCCUUUGCUGUUAAUUCUAAUGAAGAUAGAUUGGUUAUUGUUGCUACCAUUGAUAACUUAUUAAAAGGUGCUGCUACCCAAUGUUUACAAAACAUUAACUUAGCUUUGGGUUAUGGUGAAUAUGAUGGUAUUCCAACUGAUGUAGUUAUUAGAGGUUAG